AUGUGGAGGUAAAAAUAACCUGUCCAAAAAGUAUAUCUUCACUUUUACAAAUGGGGGGUAUUGCAUUUUGUGGAGACAUAUUUUCAGUGUCCAAAAAGUAAAAUGUAAUUUUUUCCCUAAGAUUUUUUUUAAAGUGCCUGUAUUAUAAGAUAUUUUAUCGAUUUUGCAGUAUAUAACUUCUAAUUUGAGUAAUAAAAUUCUAUAUUAAAAAUAUAACAAGAAAAUUUACAUUUUUAGAAGAAGGAAGCUCUAUCUGAUAUCUUUGCUUAAGUUAAAGAUGUGGAUAAACAAAUAUUUGGUGUCAUAUUAGAAAUAUUUCCAAAGGAAAAACUUUAAGACUGUAUUGGAUAACUUAUGGAUGAUGGAAAUCAAAAAGAUUUAGAAUAAUCUAUCUUACAACAAAGAAAGAAUUUAAACCAAGCCCAAAAUGAAAAGAUGGUGUAUAAUUUUAGUGAGAAAAUACAACAAAUUAUUUAUGUUUUAAGAAAUAAAAAAAUCAUAACUUUAAUAAGAAAGACUAUUCAACCGAAGGAGAUUAAAAAUCAAUACAAAUUUUGAUUAAAAGAAUCAGAGAUAAUGAAAAGAUCAUCGAAUUUUUAUAAUUUUAAAUCAUGCCUAAAAAAUGA